AACUUUGCGGCAAAUGAGGUAGAAGUGACGGUAAUUGUCACCGUCGGUAAUCGUCUUAUCAUUGCAUUAAAUGACUCUGUACAUUCGUUAACCUAUUUACUCGGCCGCCGGACGGUGCUGGACCCAGACUUUUGCGUGUUCUCCUUCAACGCCCUCAAGCCGUCGCCUUUUCACAUCCAAAACCAAACCUACCAUCUUUAUUCGCCUGCUCCUUCUUCUUCCUUCCAGCGACGAAGUGAUUGAAGAGAGAGAGAGAGAAGAAGAACAAAUUCAUGUACAGUGCCCCCACCUGGUUUCUUUAUCAUCCUUCCCAUCCUCUCGUCCCCUUCCUCACGCGGACCGCGAGGGGGGAAAGAAGAAAUAAAUAGCCCUUAGCCUCUCUCGCUUCUCUCGUGACUCCAACAACGGACCUUCAAAGUAAAUAAAAAGAUCUUCUUUGCCGAUAUUUCUUCCUUGUUUUUCUUCCCAAACCAACCAUAAGCUUCCCCUUUGCACAUGAAUCCUCCCCCACAACGCCGCUUACGAUGCCCUCCCCUCUACGCAACGGAGACCUCCGCUCCCCAGCCGUCGUCCGCCACGGCCAGAAUCCAUUCCAAUCAACUGUUACAGAGCAGAAGCUCCGUCGACUCAACGCUCUCAUCCUCCUCCUCCGAUUUGCCGCAUUCUGCUUCUCACUUGCAGCAGCAAUCUUCAUGGCUUCCAACUCCUCUCGUACACCGGGCUCUCCUUCUUGGCUCCACUACCCCAGUUUCCGAUUCGUCCUCGCUGCCAAUUCAAUCGUCUCUGUCUACUGCCUCUUUGAGAUGUUCGCUUCUGUUUGGGAGAUCCUGAAGGGCGGAACCUUCCUUCCCGAGUCGAUGCAGCUCUGGUUCGAUUUCAGCCACGAUCAGAUGUUCGCGUAUAUGCUUCUCGCCGCUGAGGCGACGGGGACAGGGGUGGCGAGGGAUUUGCAUGGCGACGGAGCUUGCGACGCCGCUGGGGCGUUCUGCGUGCAGGCUUACAUCUCGGUCGGCCUUGGUGUCGGAGGUUUCGCAUUCCUCGCUCUCUCUGCGCUUCUCUCGGGCUUCCGAGUCGCCUGCUACAUCAUCACCGGCUCCCGUUUUCAUCUCUAAAUCGAAGAACUCCAUGGAAAGAACAUACCUUUAUCGAUCUUUACUUUUCGAGCACGCUCUCCUCCUCCUCUUAAGUUCUUUACUGAGCAGAGGAGAGCGUGUUCCUCGAAAAGCGUCUUUUUUUUUUUUUUUUGAGUUCUCAGAGUGACAUUUUGUUUAUGAGAUUAUGUAAACUGCCAGCUUAUUUGAUGUUUUAAUAUGAUACUUAGAUUGCAUUAAA